GAGAAAGCCAGGGGAGGAGGAAUUGGGGAGGCCAGUGAAGAUGGGGAACACUACGUCUUGCUGUGUGUCGUCCAGCCCCAAGCUCAGGAGAAAUGCCCACUCCCGGCUGGAAUCCUAUCGGCCCGAUACCGAGCUGAGCCGGGAGGACACAGGCUGCAACCUGCAACACAUUAGCGACCGAGAGAACAUUGAUGAUUUGAACAUGGAAUUCAACCCUUCAGAUCACCCUCGGGCCAGCACAAUAUUCCUCAGCAAAUCUCAGACUGACGUGAGAGAAAAACGUAAGAGCCUCUUCAUCAACCACCAUCCUCCAGGACAGAUGGGAAGGAAGUACAGCUCCUGUUCCACUAUUUUCCUAGAUGAUAGCACAGUCAGUCAACCAAACCUCAAGUAUACGAUUAAAUGUGUAGCACUUGCAAUAUAUUAUCACAUCAAAAACAGGGACACAGAUGGAAGGAUGCUCUUAGAUAUUUUUGAUGAAAAUCUUCACCCCCUUUCGAAAUCCGAAGUGCCACCAGACUAUGACAAACACAACCCAGAACAAAAACAGAUUUACCGGUUUGUUCGGACGCUGUUCAGUGCCGCCCAGCUGACUGCUGAGUGUGCCAUUGUGACCCUGGUGAGUACCUGCAAGGCAUUGCCAAGGCUUCUGUCUCGAGGCAUUGGGGCAUCCACUCUUCAGAAGUCGGGAAUUAUGGGUUUUAAUCCUGGCUUACUUCCCAAGAAUGAGCUGGAGCGGCAAUUUCUUGAGUUACUACAAUUUAACAUCAAUGUUCCUUCCAGUGUUUACGCCAAGUAUUAUUUUGAUCUUCGAUCUUUGGCAGAAGCAAAUAAUCUCAGCUUUCCCUUGGAGCCCCUCAGCAAGGAAAGGGCUCAUAAGCUUGAGGCCAUCUCUCGUCUGUGUGAGGACAAGUACAAAGACUUAAGAAGAUCUACAAGGAAGCGAUCAGCUAGUGCUGAUAAUCUGGCUGCAAUGAAGUGGUCUCCAGCCAUCAUCUCCUAACAGUGGCAUGUAGGAUAUUCUUACAAAAAUACUGUUUUCACCCCUCCAGUUUCUCUUUUGGUUUGGGAAAACACAAGACUCUGGGGUUUUUUGGUCACAUUUUGGUUUGGUUUGGUUUUUAAUCCUUAGCUCCGUCAAGCUGCCUUUACACUGCCUCCUCACCGUGUGGCGCACACGCAGCAACUUUUCAGUGGAAAGCUAAAUCAGUAUUUUGGAAAUCCUGUCUCAUGCCUUUUCCCCCCAAUGUCACUAACCUUUGGCGAGGGAAUGGGGGACUGAUCCUGCAGGAAGAAGAAAGGAAAGUAGUGUAGAGGCAAAAAAAAGAAAAAAUAUUUAAAGGACUGUUGUCAUCUUUUUGAGACACCGUUCUCAUCAAUAGAUAAAUACAAGAUGAAAACAAAAACAGGCGAUAAACUGUGCUCUAAGGAAACCGAGUGGCAUUGAUUUUACCUUAACCUGAAAUUUCAGCUCAAUAUGUUCUGUCGGAUCUUUUGCAUUCCUUCUAGCUGCUUUUGGGGGUUUGGGGGAUGUGGUUUUUUGGUUCUUUUUUUUUGGUCCUGCAGAGCAGAGAAUACAGUCUGUAUCUACCAUAGCACAAACAUCCAAAUAAAUAGUAUUGGUCGUUCCUCACU